AUGUCGUCAAUAAUUCAUGCUGUUAGUCAUGCUCUUACUGGACAUGGUGAAAAUUCAGAGAAAAAGUCUAAUGUUCAUACAGUUAUCUGUGAUGAUGUGAAAGUUAAAUCGGUUGUUAAUAGUGAAACACAAUCAAAAGCAACUAUUCGACAUUCACAAAAUAAAAUCAAUGAAUUAAUGGCUAAAUUAAGUUCAGCCCAUAUACAAAUUGAUGAAUAUUCUCGAAAUCGUAAUAAUGAAAUAUCAGAAGCUGUUAAAAAUAGUAUCGAAAAAAUUGUUCAUGAAACACAAAUUCAGCAACAACAAUUAUUUAAUCAUACUCAAAAACAAUCAGCUGAAAUUGAAAAUGGAUAUACAGAAAAAUUAGUGUUAUUUAUUAAUCAACUUGAUGAAGAAAAAGCAGCAACAUUAGUACAACUAGAAAAAGAUUUAUAUCUUCGUCAAGAACAAAUUCUUGAAUCAGCUAGAAAACGUAUUGAUGCAUUAAAUGAAGAAGCUAAUCGAUUAAAAAUGAAUGUAUUUAAAGAAGCUCAAGAAAAAGCAAAUUUAAAAAUUGAAGAAAUUACUGACAAAGUUGCUCAUCUUGGUGUCGAAGAUGCAACUCGUCGUUUAACAAGUACAACAACGACAGUUAUAACAACAAAAGCACAAACAGAAAAUCAUGCAAAUGAUGCUAAAUCAAUGGCAAAACAUUUUUGA